AUGGCGAUGAACCCAUCAAGUGUGUCCCAGCUCCUCGAAGACAUGGAGAACUGGGACAAGGACAAGCGCUUCAUGGCUGCUUCAGAUUUAACGCAGGAGGUGACGAUGUCCAAUCAGGUGCUGGACGUGCACCUCCAAAAAAGAGUAUGUCAAGCUUUUGUAAAGCAGUUGGAGGACCAGAGCAUUGACGUGCAGGGGAAUGCCGUGAAGUGCCUGGCCAAAAUAGUGUGCAAGUUUCAGGAGCAGCAGAUUGGAGAGGUGCUAGCGAAGCUCAGCCAGCAGGUCCUGGAUGGAAAAGCAGAGGUUCGGGACAUCUACGCAACAUGCUUGAAGGGCCUGUUGUCGGAGCUGCCGGCCUCUUGCAGCGCCCUUGCCGGCCAAAAUGUCCUGCCAAAGAUGUUGCAUGGCAUCACCUCAAUUCCGUCCCUCGAGGUUAAAGAAGAAUGCACAGAUGUCUUCCACGACUUCUUGAAAAGAUUCGGUGACAACCGAAUAAUGCAGUGGUCCGAUCAGGAUAACAUGGCAACCUCGCUGCUGAAUCUGUUAAAACCAAAGCAGCACAAAACAUCGCUGCGCAAGAAGGUUAUUGCCUGUAUUGGAGCACUGUCGGCAGUGCUGGCGGAUCGGCAACUGGAUACCCUGAUGAGGACAUUGCUGGCCGAUGUUCGGUCAGCAGGGACCAAGGCGGAAAAGCAGAAGUAUAUCCAGUGCAUUAGCACUGUGAGCAGGAACGUUGGUUUCCGAAUCGGUCAGCACCUAAAGGAGAUCGCUCCCCUGUUUUUCCAGAUAGUGACCCAGGCGACGCAAGAGGACGUCUCCAUGGAUGGUGAUAAUGAAAAAGACCAUGAGGUUGUAGAGAACUGUCUGAACGCCUUCGAGUGCUUUGUGUUGCGCUGCUCCAAAGAGAUGAUGCCCCACUUGGAUGAGCUCUGCGGUGUGAUCCUCAACCUGGUGGCUUAUGAUCCGAAUUUCUACGAUUCUGGUGACGGGCAGGAUGCCGCGAUGGAUGACGGCUUUGAGGAGUUCGAUGAAGAUGGCCUGGUGGAUUCGGAUGACGAUGACAACUCAUGGAAGGUUAGAAGAGCAGCUCUAAAGGUCUUGGAGGCGAUGGUGAAGGGCCUCCCAGAUAGGCUCGAUGAGAUUUACACCAAGUUUGCCCAGCCCCUGAUAGCACGCUUCAACGAGCGUGAGGAAAGCGUGAAGCUAGACGUUUUCACCACUUUCGGUGAGAUGGCGCAAGCAGCGGUCAUAAAGACACAGCCCUUCCUGUUUGCUGCCACGGGCGGCGCUUCUGCGCCAUCAACCUCAUCCACCUUCAUAUUGGAGGUGGAGCGUGCCUUGCCUCCCAAGGAGCGGCCGAAUUCCCACCACCUCAUAGCCGUCAUCCCUGCAUGCAUCUCACAGCUGAACAAGCAGAUGCGUUCAAAGGCAGCGAAGACUCGACAGGGGGCACUGACCCUUUUGCGAACGCUGUCCGAGUGCAUCCCGCAGCAUGUGGAGCCCAAUUUCCCACAGGUGAAGGAUGAGCUUGUCCGUGCCAUGAAGGAAUCAAACUCGUCCAUGCGGUUGGACAGCCUGAUUUUGACCAGGCACCUUGCAGAGUACUUCUUGAAUGCUGCAACUUUUCAGCAGCUUGCGCCAGAGCUGUGUCCUUUAUUUUUGACGUGCUGCUCGGAUAGCUACUACAAGUCAAUUGCCCAGGCCCUGAGAGCCAUUGGGGCCUAUGUCUACACACUCAGGCCAACUCCAGAGGCUGUCAGCCCCGAGCUGAAAGUCAUGCUGCCGGUUUAUGACGUACUCAAGACCAAGCUCCUAGCGACUGAUAUCGACCAGGAGGUCAAGGAAAGUGCGCUGGAGUGCUUGGGGCACUUGGUGGCGUGCACCGGGGACUUGCCAGACUUCCAGCCGCCCAUUUCAGACUGCUUGCCGUCCUUUGUGGAGCGCAUCAAAAAUGAGGUCACUAGAACAACAGCCAUCAAAGCGCUCAGAACGAUGUGCAUCUCCAAAGUACAGAUCUCUGGUGUCAGCUCGAUCCUUCCAGCCGUCGGCGCCACGCUGUCGCAGUAUCUGAGCCAGAACAGCCGAUCCUUCAGGCAGCAGUGCCUGGAUGCGCUUGUGCAUCUGAUCAAGAAGUAUGGUAGCGGAAUGCCCCAGGAGACCAUCAUGCAGAUUCUGGGUGACAUGGUCCCAUUCAUCACGGAUACGGACCUUUACAUCACAGAUCUCUGUGUGCAAAUUGCAGUUCAGGUUUUGGCAACCUCACCGCGAAUGGCACCGCAAGUCAUUGAACGGUGUGUGCCGGCCGUCCUGACCGUAUGCAGAUCGCCGCUGCUUCAAGGAAGUGCGUUAGACUCCAUCCUCAACUUCUUGUCCAGAGUUGCGCAGCAUCGUGAGCACUGCCCCUUUGAGAAGCUGCGUCAGGAGUUGAGCAACACCUCGGUAAUUGCAAGCGCGCAGGCCCAGGCUCAGCGACAUGUUAUCGGCACCUUGGCCAAGGGCUUGGCUGCGGUAACAGCAGCUUCUGCGCCUGAUGUUCAGAAGGCGGCUGUGCAGCACUUCUUGGAGAGCGUGAAGAAGACUUCCGGGAACCCAGCACAGGAGGUCAUGCAUCAGUGUGAGCUGUCGCUGUUAGCUUUGGGCGAGACCGGAAAGUACGCAGAUCUUUCUGGAGUUCCGGGCUUCUGCGAUGUGUUGCUACAUCAGCUGGAGAGUCAGCAGGAUGAAAUUCGGUUGGCAGCCGCGCUAGCACUGGGAUAUGCCACAGUCGGCGCAAUGGGCACCUUGUUGAAGGUUGUCAUCGACAAUGUGCAGCAGGCUGGUGCUGAGGCCCAGAAGAAGCAGUACUUGCUGCUGACCUCGCUUCGGGAAGUCAUUGCAAUUGGUGUUGCGGAGAGGCACGGCUCUCGCGCGCUUGCAGAACACCUGAAGCCACAUGUUCCACGUGUGCUGCCAAUCCUCCAGCAAUACGCUGACUCACAGGAGGAAAGCAUGCGAAAUGUUGUGUCCGAGUCUCUGGGACACCUGCUUGCAGUCGACCAGGAUGCUGUCAUGCAAGCCUUGACAGCCCUGCUGUCCAACCGAGAGAGGGAGAGCUGGAGGAUGAGAGCUGCAGCAGUGGCUGCUGUGCGUUUUGCCGCAGCAAAGCAGUGCCAGGCCUCUGCGGUGUUGCCCCUCAAGGAGGCCUUGCUCGUCUGCCUGGGCGACGAAGAAUUGCAGGUGAGAAAGGCAGCGCUCCACUCCGUAAACGUGGUCUGCGUCUCCCCCACCUGCUCGGAGAUACUGCGGGAUAGCACCGAUCUUGUCCUCGAACGAAUCAAGGAGGACUCGAAGCAGAAGCCAGAGCUCAUCAGGGAAGUGGAUCUGGGACCAUUCAAACACAAGGUGGAUGAUGGCCUGCCGUUGCGGAAAUUUGCUUAUACUGUGUGCUGUUCGUUGCUAGCAGCCUACCCUGAGCAGAUCGCCUCGCCAGCCCUGAUUGACCUUGUGCUACAAGGCAUGGGUGACAACGAAGAUAUCCAGGUUAUAUGCUGCCAGCUGCUGCAGGAUCUGUGUUCGUGGCAGUUUGCGCUGUACCGGAUCAUUGGACGUGUCGGCGAUUUGGUUGAACCAUUCGACCGGUGCAUCAUGCGGUGGAUCAAGCAAGUGCAGGCGAAGCAGCAAGUUGGCCGUGCCAUGGACAUGCUCAGACUCUACGCGAGGACGCUGAAGGUUGUGGAGCCCAUAGCUGAGGCAAACCAGCACAAGGUGUUUGUGGACUUUAUGGGGCGAAUCAUGAAGGACCCUGCGUUCGCGCAGGUCUAUGAGCAAGCAACCGCUGGCAAAGAGCUGUAA